GCGUGCAAUUACUUGUGUAGUUUGUAAAAGGUUUCGUCAAAAUUGACUGUAUUAAAUAAGAAUAGGAACCGUACUCACAUAAUUGUACAACUCAACAAACAUACGAAUUUAGAAUGAAAGACACUAGGCCCUUCCCUCCAUUAAAAAAUGACAAUCUGCUGCGUGCCGCACGUGGUGAAGUUGUGGAUCGUGUUCCAGUUUGGGUAAUGCGCCAAGCCGGUCGCUAUUUGCCCGAAUUUCAGGAAGUACGUAAGCUACAUGACUUCUUCACGGUUUGCCGUACUCCAGAGCUCGCUUGCGAGGUGACGAUGCAACCGCUGCGACGAUUCGAUCUGGAUGCCUCCAUAAUCUUUUCGGACAUCUUGGUUAUACCACAAGCAUUAGGAUUGACGGUAGAGAUGCACGCCGGUGUGGGUCCUGUGUUACCCCAACCCAUACGUACCCCCGAAGAUCUAAAUCGAUUGACUCCAGACGGUGCUCUGUCCCGUUUGGACUAUGUGGGCGAUGCCAUAACGAUGAUGCGUCACAAAUUGGAUGGUCGUGUGCCUCUGAUUGGCUUUACCGGUGCACCAUGGACUCUGAUGGGAUAUAUGAUCGAAGGUGGCGGUAGCAAGACCAUGUCUAAGGCAAAAGCUUGGCUGAAAGACUAUCCGGAGGAUACAAAACUUUUUUUGAAUCUGCUCACAGAUGUCAUAGUUGAUUACCUGGAAAUGCAAGUGGCAGCGGGCGCUCAAAUGUUGCAAAUCUUUGAGUCAUCUGCUGAACAUCUAAGCAAAGAAGACUUCCUGGUUUGGUCUAUGCCCUACCUGCGUCGCAUACGCGACGAUCUGGUAGAUCGCUUAACCAAAAAGGCGGUGCAACCCGUGCCAUUAACCAUUUUUGCCAAAGGCGCUGGCCAUUCGCUUAAGGAGCAAAGCGAACUCGGUUACGAUGUCAUUGGCCUAGACUGGACUGUGGACCCGGUUGAGGCGCGUGCAGUGGUUGGACCUAAUAUAACACUACAAGGCAAUCUCGACCCACAAGAUAUGUACCGCGAUCCCGAUGAAUUACGUUCGCUUACAACAGAUAUGGUUCACAAAUUUGGCAAAUCACGUUACAUUGCAAAUUUAGGACAUGGUAUAACACCACAGACGCCUAUCACGAGCAUGGAGAUACUCAUCGAAGCGGUGCAUAAUGCAUUAUAGAUUAGCAUUAUAAUUUGUUUGCAAUAUCCUCAAAAUUAUGUGAAUACAAUAAAAAUAAUUAUGCCUGGGUU